GCUGCAAUGGCUGAAUCCAUGAGCAAAACAACCGGCAUGAGCAAUAUGCUGCAAUUUAUGAAAUUUAUCGGCCAGCUCAAAAGGGUCCCACGGACAGGCUGGGUGUACAGGAAUGUGAAGAAACCAGAGAGCGUGUCCGACCACAUGUACCGCAUGGCUAUUAUGUCUCUGACCAUCACUGACCCCACAGUGGACAAGGACAGGUGUAUUAAGUUGGCUCUGGUUCACGACAUGGCAGAGUGCAUUGUGGGCGAUAUUGCUCCGUCAGACAACAUCAGUAAAACAGAGAAACACAGACGAGAAGAGGAAGCAAUGAGACAACUUUCAGGUCUUCUGCCAGAUGGACUCAAACAGGAGAUUUAUGGACUGUGGGAGGAAUAUGAAAGUCAGAGUAGUCCCGAGGCACGGCUGGUGAAACAGUUUGACCGUCUGGAGAUGAUCCUGCAGGCUCACGAGUAUGAAGAGCUGGAGGGAACACCUGGACGAUUGCAGGAGUUCUUUGACUCCACCAAUGAUUGUUUCCACCACCCAGACGUGCUCCAGCUUGUUGACUCUUUGAACAAAGACAGGGAAUGUCACAUGACCGAUGGAAAAAAGGAUUCUGGGAACUCACAGGCGUCUGGUGGAGUAUCCUCAAAGCCACACACGACUUCACAUACUUCCUGACUGUAACACACACAAAAACCUCUUCAGUGGAGGAACUACUGGACUGAAACACAGUGUGUGUACAAAGACGCACAAUCACAUCGCAUGACCAGGGAUGAGACAGAACAUGGAAAACUUCUGAAUUUGGGAGUUUGUUUCUCAUUUGUGAGGCAUUUGCAGCUAUUUUGACCCGUUAUCUUUUCCAUUUUACCUCAGUGUGUUUGGCCAUGGUUGGUAUUUGCUUCA